AAGCCCAAUACUGCAGCCCUAGCGGCCAGCCGAGUGGGAAGCAUCUCUCCGCCUCUCGUCCGGCACUGCAUCGCCCUGCCGCCCUAGCCCCUAGGCACCAAAACCUCGCGAGGCAACCGCCCGCCGGCGCCGCCGUCGUAGCAAGAGGGUGAGGUGAGGUCUAGAGGAGGGGGUAAGAUGUCGUUCCGGGCGCAGGAGAUGUACAAGAAGGUGGUGCGGCGUGUCGGCGGCGAGGGGAAGCUGCCGGCGGAGCUGAUGAAGUCUGUGAAGGACAUGCUCCCCGACAGCAAUGUCGUCAUGGGGCGGGCCAAGCGCGGCAUCUUCGCCGGGCGACACAUCCGGUUCGGGAACAAGGUCUCCGAGGACGGCGGCAACAAAUCAAGGCGAUCAUGGAAGCCAAAUGUUCAGGAGAAGCGUCUUUUCAGCUAUAUUCAUGACCGGCACAUUAGAGUCAAGGUUACCACACAUGCACUUCGGUGCAUUGACAAAGCUGGUGGGAUAGAUGAAUACCUCCUGAAGACACCUUACAAUAAAAUGGAUACUGAGAUGGGGAUAGUGUGGAAAGCAAAGAUCGAAAAGAUGUAUUCAGAUUUGGCCGAAAUGGAAGUAGGCUUCUUCCCUCCUGAGGAAGAGGCUAAGAUUAAAGAGGGCUUUGACGAGGUUCGUGCUGCCAAGAGGGACUUUCGUAGGGAAGCAAGACGAGCUUUGGCAAAGCAAAGGCAGCUAGAAGCAAGUAGUGCUGGUGAUGACCAAACGAGUGAAGUCACAGAUACAAAGGAAGAGGUAUCUGAUGCUGCUGCUAAAGUCUGAGCCUAAACCUAUGUGCCUGUCUUGAAUGAUCAUAGGAGUCAGCAAAUCAUUGGAUGUCCCUGGGCAAAUAAUGGAAGGCUUACUACAUGAUAUAAACUGGGGAAAGUUUCUUGUGCACUGACUAUACCCCUUUUUCGGGAGCAGUAGCGUAUGUUAAGCCAGCGUAUCCUUGCUGUUGUAAGCACUUCUUAUUUGGUGGAAAUUUUGUACAAUUAUUAAAAACUCAAGAGCCUGAAUUGUGGGGUAGUUUAUCUUGUAGAAUCUAUAUAUUAUCUGCAGCCUAACUGAAUUGCCAAAAUAAUAAUGCUUGACAUGAAUACACGAUCAAUGCUAAUUUGGCUAGAGGUCUGACGACAUCCUAGCUCAUUUCUGUUCCA